AUGGGCGGGGCCCCCAAGGCAGCAGCAGCAGCAGCAGCAGCAGUGCAGCAGCAGCAGCAGUGCAGCAGCAGCAGCAGCAGUGCAGCAGCAGCAGCAGCAGCAGCAGCAGCCUACCUUCUUGGGGUCCCUGUUGCUGCUCAAAGGCAGCAACAUUGCUGCAGCAGAGCUGCUGCAGCAGCAAGAGCAGCAGCAGCAGCAGCAGCAAGCAGCAGACGGGGGGCCCCCUCAAGGGGGCCCCCAAAUGGCACCAAUGCAGCAGCAGCAGCAGCAGCAACAGCAGCAGCAGCAGGGGGAACCGCUGCCUCGUUGAGGCCCUCGGGGGCCCCCUGCUGCGUGCAAGAGCAGCAGCAGCAGCAGCAGCAACAGCAGCAGCAGCAGCAGCAACAGCAGCAACAGCAGCAGCAGCAGCAAGGGUUUAUAAGAGCUAUGGCUGUUGUCUGGUUGUCUCUGGGGCCCCAGCUGAAUCGGCCUGUGUCUGUUCUGCUGCUGCUGCUGCUUGUCUCCUGUCUGCUGCUGCGCCCCCUCCCCUCUUCCUUGGGGGCCCCCUCCUUUCUCUACUCUUUGAGGUGUACAUACACCCCACCAACCCUUUUGCUGCUGAGGGGCCCCCCCCGGGGGCCCCCUCAUCCUCUACCAGCAGCAACAGCAGCAACAGCAGCAGCAGCAGCAGCAAGGCACACAACAACCACAGCAGCAGCAGCAGCAACACCAGCAGCAGCAGCAGCAGCAGCAGCAGACUCAGGUCUUAGUGAUAAAUAUUUAUAUGAAGGAUUCAACUCUUUGCUGCCUAUACUAAGAGAUAUUGCUGCAGCAGCAAAAGGGGGGGAUAUUGCUGCAGCAGCAAAAGGGGGGCCCCCAGGGCCCCCCAGGGCCCCUGGGGGCCCCCCCCUUCUGCCUGGCUUAGAUGAUACUAUAGGCGGAGGAGACCUGCAGCAGCAGCAGAAGCAGCAGCAGCAGCAGCAGCAGCAGCAGCAGCAGCAGUUGCAGCAGCUAAUAAAUUUAGUAAAGGAAUGGGAGAAAGGAGAAGAGAAAAUGAAUUCGUUGAUUUCUUUUUUGUCUUCUUCUCGAUCAAACAAAAAUAAAAAUAAAAAAGAAAAAGAUAAACAAAAAGAAGAAAAAGAAAAAGAAAAAGAAAAAGAAGAAAAAGAAAAAGAUAAACAAAAAGAAAAAGAAAAAGAUAAACAAAAAGAAAAAGAAAAAGAAAAAGAAAAAGAAAAAAAAGAAGAAGAAGAAGACGAAGAGGUGUUGCUGGUGGCUGGCGAAGAACUCAAAGAAAUUCAAAUCAAACAAAAAAAAAUACAAACACAAAUCCUUACAGCAGCAAGUUUAGGGUUUGGUGGUUUCGUUUCUGGUGAUUAUGCUACUGUUGAGGUUCGUGCUGCUGCUGGGGGGGAGGAGGCAGAGCUGUGGGCCCUUGACCUAUACAAGAGUCUGGCGUGCAUCGCGUGCAGCGUGUGCCCUCAACAGAAACACAAGGGAGGAUGCAUACAUCUACUGCUACGGUGGCCGUGCUGA